AUCGCUCUGUCUUGACCGCAAAGUUUGGCUGACGGAUGUUUGAGAUGAACUCAUGGUUCAGAGACACAGGCCGGACAAGCAGGUGGCAUAGUAGUUGGAGCUGUGACCUUCCAGUGUCAGGGUCACGGGUUCAAAUCCCUGUUCCUGUUGCAGUUCCCUCGAUCAACAGGCUUACUGAGAUUUGAUGUAGUGUGAAUUCUCUACUGUAUAAGUGGGCAAACAAGUGCAACGAGUCGAUUGUCUAACACCGUAAGUCACUUUGGUGAAAGGUCGAAGGUCAUGUACGGCGGCUCUGAAUGCAACGGGGUCCCGGAGCGGAAGUCCACGGUGUUGGUGGCUGAGGCUCACGGGGAGCGCGUGCUGAGCAUCCUCAGGAGCUUCCGGGAAAGGAACGUGCUCUUCGACUUCAGCAUCCUGGUCAGGGGUGAGACCAUCCCCUGCCACCGAUGCGUACUGGCGGCCUGCAGUGACUUCUUCAGGGCCAUGUUUGAGGUGAACAUGAGGGAACGAGAUGAUGGCAGUGUGACAAUGAGCAACCUGUCCCCCAAGGCCAUACGGGCCUUCCUAGACUUUGCCUACACGGGCCAGACGGAGAUCACGGAGGACAACGUGGACAUGUUCUUCCAGCUCUCCUCCUUUCUGCAGGUGUCCAUCCUCUCCAAGGCCUGCAGCGACUUCCUCAUUAAGACGCUGGAACUGUCCAACUGCUUGCAGCUGCUGGCCAUCGCAGAGGGAUAUGGCUCUGCUUGCCUCCAGCAGAGAGCCAUAGAGUUUGUCAUGCAAAACUUCCAUGCCCUCAGCAAGACCCCUGACUUCCUGGACAUCAGUCCCGCUGUCCUGGAGAGGUGCCUGGCUGCGGAUGAGCUACAGGUCCCAGAUGAGGAGACUGUGCUGAAGGCAGUGCUCCUGUGGACAAAGCAUGACCUGGAAGCCAGGAGGCGCCAUCUGCCGCACCUUGUCUCAAAGGUCCGGCUGCAUCAACUUCCGGCCGACGCUCUGGAGGAGCUCAUGUGCUCCGAAGACCUCCUUUCCAGCGACGGGGACUGUGCUCGGGCCCUCGGAGACACCAUCGCAGGGCUGCGGGAGUUCGCCGGCUUCUACCCAGACGCCCGUCCCUCCACCACCGAGUGCUACAUCUAUGUGCACAAGACAGAGGAGAACGGCGAGAUCCGACACACAUUCUGCUACAGCACAGAGUCAGACCGCUGGAGGGAGCUGCCGCAGGCUCACAUGGCUGACUCGCCGGGCUCCAGCCUGUCCAGCUUCGGAGAGAAGCUGUUCAUCACCGGGGGCUGCAGGGGGCGCUGCUGCCGUGCGGUGCGCCUGCACAUCGCUGAGCCUUUCCAUGAGGCCACGGAGGAGACGUGGUGUUACUGCCCCGUGAAGAACAGCCUCGUGCCGGCUCCACCCAUGAACAGGCCUCGCACCAUGCACGCUUCCGUCAUGACUCUCAACCGCAUCUAUGUCGUCGGAGGAAAGACUCGAGGGGCCAGAAACAUCCGCAGCCUGUUGGAUGUUGAGUACUAUGACCCCCUGGCGCAGACCUGGAGAGCGGUGAGCCCCCUGCCCAGGGGUAUUUACUACCCUGAGGCAUGUGCCUGCAAGAGCGUCAUCUACACGCUGGGCUCGGAGGUGGAGAUCGCUGACGUCUUCAACCCGUCCCUGGACUGCUUCUUCCGAUACGACGCUCUGGCCGACCAGUGGUGCCAGCUGGUGGCCGAGUUCGGCCAGUUCUUUCACGCCACGCUGGUGAAGGCCGUGCCCGUGAACAGUGUGCUCUACCUGUGCGACCUGUCCACCUACAAAGUGUACAGCUUCUGCCCCGAGACGUGCGUGUGGAAGGGCGAAGGCUCCUUCGAGUGCGCUGGCUUCAACGCCGGAGCCAUUGGCGUCGCUGACAAGAUUUACAUCCUGGGGGGAGACUACUCGCCGGACGAGAUCACCGACGAGGUGCAGGUGUUCCACAGCAGCCGCUCCGAGUGGGAGGAGGUUACGCCGAUGCCACGUGCGCUCACGGAGUUCCACUGCCAGGUCGUGCGCUUCAAUCGCUACAGGGACCCCUGGAAGUGUGAUCCGGACCUGUGACCCAUGAAGCCCGAGUCACGGCUGAUGCAGAGCACUGAAGGGCAGAUAAAGUAGGACAGUUACAGCAGCAGUGAUACUAGGAGGCUCAGCUGUGGACAGGUGAGCCAGCUUGUAGCUGAGGAGAGGAAAACAAAAAAAUUCUCGUCCACAAUGAAGGGGAGAAAAACACACCUUUGGGGGUAGCGGUGCUGGUGGCUGCCCAGCCCUCUUGGACAUUUUACUGUGACUGUACUGUUUUCCUACCGGAAAUGUAUGCAUCUCAACUGGUAGCCUGUGUCGCAAACGUCCCCACAGCCAGGUCAACGAACACAUGUACUUUCAGUCAUACUUUCUGCACCACUGCAAUAAAAUGACACUGAUGGAUAUACUGUAUGUGUCACACAGGGCAAAGGUGACACCCUCUUUCUCACCAUCGUUUUCAAUGUCACCCAUCUCUGGAAAGGCUGACGGUGACAGCCAGUGCUUGGCAUUCCUACAAACACAGGGUGACUCCCGGCAGCAUGUGUCCACAUGAAGAAAAAAAACGCACCAAACUAUGCACCUUUGGACCGCCGGCGCAAUCUGCAGAUGAAGCUGUGCUGCUGUACCUAAAGUAAGACACUUUACCUCUGCUCAUCUGGAGAUAGGAGCAUCAUGGCAUGGUUUACAGAUCCAAACUGCAAUUGUUGUCAGUCGCCUUAUGUGUGCAUGUCUUGUAAGGCAAUUAUUCAGAAAUCUCUGUAAGAAAAGUAUAAGAUCUGCAGGAAAUAAAACCAGUCACUGAAAAAUCAUUUAUUUCUUAUACCACUUCUGGUGGUUUAGGAGGUCUUCUUUUCCAGUCAGUUGUACCACAGCAUUCAAGUGAAAUGUCUAAAUGUUUGUAUGAUUUGUAAUUUUGUGAAUCUUUUGCUUCAUAUUAACGUAUCACCAUUCAAAAUUCUUAUUAAAUGCUGCCUAUGACAUGAUAUACCCGUGAAAACAGGUGUUUUGCACUGUCACA